GCCCAUUGAUUCCUCCGUGCGGUGCAGCGGCAAAGCAUCACCCCUUAGCCCGUUCCUUAGACCCAACCGACUCCGUUCUGCCUGGGAAAGGAUCUGCCAGACCAAGCAACAUGAAUGAAGACUACAGUGAUACCUAUGAUAAAAUCCAAAAGAGGAGCACAGAUGAGGCUCCAGACCUGCAGGAGGAAAGUGACGCUCCUUUGUAUGACAGAGUCCAUGAAGACUCUGAAAAUGAUCUGUAUGCCACCAGGCUAGAAAGCCAGGAGUACGAAUACUUGUCACCGUAUGUCUCGAAAAGUGAUGAAGCCACCCCAGCCUCCCUGGAGCCAGAAGCAGAUGGCUACCUCCUGCCGGAUGAGGUGUUUUCAGAGUCCCGGGCGGUUCGGGAUGUCUCCAUGGGAGACUCACAUUCACCAAGCCAGGACCCAGAGCCUCUCUCCUGGGAACCUCAGGAGAAUGGAGGAGCAACCGAGGAAGACGUGCCUUCCUCACAUUCACUAAGCCAGGACCCGGAGCGUCUCCCGUGGGAACCUCAGGAGAAUGGAGGAGCAACCGAGGAAGAUGUGCCUUCCUCACAUUCACUAAGCCAGGACCUGGAGCGUCUCCCGUGGGAACCUCAGGAGAAUGGAGGAGCAACCGAGGAAGACGUGUCUUCCUCACAUUCACUAAGCCAGGACCUGGAGCGUCUCCCGUGGGAACCUCAGGAGAAUGGAGGAGCAACCGAGGAAGACGUGCCUUCCUUACUGAGCUUCAGGGUUCAGCACAGCAAGGUGCUUGCCACAAGCCAGGAUUCCUCUAUCAGCCUUUCUGCUGCUAUUGGGUUGGGAGAAAAAGAAGCAGCUUCCAGCAACCCUGAGAUCUUCCUGUUUGUGAAGGCUGGGAUCGACGGGGAAAGCAUUGGCAACUGUCCCUUCUCUCAGCGUCUCUUCAUGAUCCUCUGGCUGAAAGGAGUCGUGUUCAAUGUCACCACCGUGGAUCUGAAAAGAAAGCCAGCCGAUCUACACAACCUGGCUCCUGGCACGCACCCGCCCUUCCUGACCUUCAAUGGGGAUGUGAAGACAGAUGUCAACAAGAUUGAAGAGUUCCUGGAGGAGACCCUAACCCCCGAGAAGUACCCCAAACUGGCUGCAAAACACCGGGAAUCUAACACCGCGGGCAUCGACAUCUUCUCCAAGUUCUCAGCCUACAUCAAAAACACCAAACAACAGAACAAUGCUGCCCUUGAGAGAGGCUUGACAAAGGCGCUGAGGAAGCUGGAUGACUACCUAAACAGCCCUCUGCCAGAGGAGAUUGACACCAACACCCACGGGGACGAGAAGGGGUCCCAGCGCAAGUUCCUGGAUGGGGAUGAGCUGACCCUGGCCGACUGCAAUCUGCUGCCCAAGCUGCAUGUGGUCAAGAUUGUGGCUAAGAAGUACCGAAACUAUGACAUCCCAGCUGAGAUGACAGGCUUGUGGCGAUACCUCAAGAAUGCCUAUGCACGGGACGAGUUCACCAACACCUGUGCAGCUGACAGUGAGAUCGAGUUGGCCUACGCAGAUGUCGCCAGGCGCCUCAGCCGAUCGUGAGCUUGGCUGUCUGGCCCAAUUUCUGCUGCAGAAGAAUUCUACUUCUCCCAAUGGCUUUCAGCUCUACAGACUCUUCUUCCCCAUUGCCUUGGGGAAACAUAAAAAAAAAUUAGGCCACAUCUUACUGGCACCCCUGAACUCAACUCCAGCCUUCUACCUUCUAAGAUCAGUGCCAUCCUUCUGCCUUGCCCUGCAGGAGCCUGGCAAGCAGAGGACACGGUGGCAGAUUUUUUUUCCACCUGCUGGUCUGAUCUAGGGUCAGUGUAUCUGGGGUCAGUGAAUCUGGGGUCAGUUUGCAGAGCUCUCAUGGGAUUGUCACCGUUCCCUUCUGCCAAUAUCAUAAUGCUUUCUCAGAUGCGCUAACAACUUGAAAUGCCAGCUUCUCUCUCCCCUCGUUCCUCAGCAAAUGCAAGGUGAUGGACAGAUACAUCAUCGUCAGGGAGAGAUCUAUGCCUUGAUUGGGGAGACAGUGGUUGGGGGGACUCAGCUGGGUGUGGCUCUAGCAAAACAGUUCCAGAUGCUCACUAUUUCUGACAGUGGGCCAGAUGGAGACACCCCCAACACACAAUAUACCCCAGUUUUCUGGUGCAAUAUGAUUACAUCCUGGCCAGCACUGACCCAAGUUUUCCUCCUGUCUCCAUUUUGCCACAAAGGCAGUCGAUUUAUAACUCUAAACCAAGGUGACCCAGAUAGGGAGAGACUUCUGGGAAGCAAUAUUGAUGCCAAAAGGCCCAAACAGGGUCUACAGCCACAGGGGUCACUGGCUGAAGAGUAGUCGUCCACUGGAGAUCACAUGAGAGUGUGUGUGUGUGUGUGUGUGUGUGUGUGUGUGUGUGUGUGUGUGUGUGACUGUGUUCUUCAGUGGGUAGCUUUGGGUUUGAGCAAGCGAAGGAAGUGGAGGGAUGGGAGGAAAUAAAGUUCUAUUUGAGUUUGACAUAGCCUAGAAAACUUUUAGAGCAGUCUUCUCUCUCAUUAUCUAAAUCUUGGAUUGGUGUUACGGCACCCCUACCAACUGUAGAGCAGACUCCAACAUCAGCCAAAAAUGUCUUCCAGGCUCUUCAUAGUCACUUGCAGAUGUGGGUUGCCACCUGCCUGUGCCCUGGCUCCCAGUUUCUUCAGCCUCAGCCUCUGAUGAAAGAGAAAGUCUAUUAAUGAAUGGUGUGAUCGUGGGCUACCUUAGGAAGAAAGCCCAUGGGUCUUUCUGACUGGGAAGCCACAACUUGAAUUUGGAAAUUAUGGACUGCCUUGGGCUUGGGUUCAUUUUCCUGUCAGCAGGCUCAUCUAUCAGAUUUUCAAGGAAGAGAAAACUUUUUAAAAAUUUCUUUAUAAACUAAUAUUUCUCUCUUUAGUAAUUCUCCUUGAGUUUUACCUACAACUCUCACAGGGUGUGACCAUGAGAACCUAGGCUGAUUAGGAACUAUGACAAAUCAAUCACUCAUUAGCUCUUCCUCUACCAGUGAGCUAGUGAGUGCCUAGAAGAAAUCCAUCACCAGGACCUCAACUCCAACAAUCCCGCUUCUGUGUCACUGACAGUGGAGGCGAGGCUCCUGAGGGCCGGUAAGGCCCUGGUCUUGGCUCAUUGCUCGGGAGGGUGGAGCAGCACAGAUCCUUUCCAUAGAAAUACAACAUGGUUUAACCCAAGCAGUCACUGAGCCCUCCUGCCUCUAGGGAUCUCCAAAGCAAAGAGUGACCAUUGAUCCAAGGAGGGAGGAAGCAGGAGGUCUCCCUAGCCCACUGGGGAAGAGGACUCUGCCUGCUAGAAGUUUAUAAACCUGAAGGGGCUUUGAAGAGGCAAAAUGAGCCGAUUCAUUUCCAUCGCUACAGGAACCUUUCCACGGGCUCUCCAUAAGCUACCCCUGGGGAUGUUUAAAAGUGUAGCACUGCUGAGGGAACAGCACUUUUUUCUUCAGGGAAGAGCCCUCAAUGGGCCUCUCGGGGAAGCAGAACUUCCGGAACCAUCCGGAAGGCCGUUUAAUUAAAAGAAAACCAUGCUGUUCUCCGGGAUCCUUCCUAGAAUUUACAAGCAGGCAGGGUGAACUCACGCAGCUCACACCCCUAUUUUCCAAAGGUGGGCUGGUGUUAAAGAUAUGAAGACUAGCGUGCAUGCUGAGGGGCCUCAGAGGAAGGGGAAGAAUUUUCCUCAUGUGAUGCUCUGAGCCCAGCAAUCGGCAUGUCUUUUAAAAACAAACUUCCCAAGCCGAGUCGAUGUUGUUUCUAGACGGUUCUCCUAUGGUUGAGUUAGUUUCACAUACAUCACAAUAUUUAGGCAAUGUUGGAUGCUAUAGGAUCAAUCAGAACCCCUUUAAAGAGAGGCACGAUUGUAAAUGGGAGGCUUUCCUCAGUACUUUAAUGCAGAUGUAACUUUAAUGUUAUCAAAUAACUAUAAUGAGACUAACCAAUGUCUUAGGACACAAUUAUCAUAGUAUGUAAAAAAAAUAGCAAUAAAGUCAAUGAUGAUUACCUACCCCACCCCCUCCAAGGAGAGUUUUCUCUGGAGGCUCUAGUUUCUUUGGACCUUGGUCUUAACCUUGAUAUGUAUAUGGUUUACCAUCUGCAGUCACCCUGUGUUGAGGUUCCAAGUCCCAGCUCAGACCAUGUGGAAGGGUUUGUAGUGUGGACUCUACCUGCAGAAAUUCUGGAUAAGAGCUAUUCCGGUAAAUGCCAGUCCCCCAGGAAGCAUUUGGAUGUCAGAGAAAAGGAAGCUAUGUUGACAGAGCUAUUGUGUAUUCUUUUCUCACCUUGGAUUGUCACAUGACAAUCUUGUAUGUAUGAAACGUUAAGUGCAAAGCAAGACAGACAGACGGGGUCUGACUCAAAAUUACUGAGCUGAGUGUACCUACCUAUUUAAAACUGCCCACUUCUUAGGUUGAUCCAGACAGAAGACAUUCUUAGGUUGAUCCAGAGAGAAGAUGUUAUUAACUAUCCACAAUAAGAUAGAAAGUGAAUUGUUUGCUUGUUUAGAAAUAUAAUUUCAUAUUCUCCUGAAAAAAAAGAAAAUGUCCUGGUAAGUUCAGGAUCACAGUCAUGUGUCUAUCUCACAGUUUAAAUGAGGGGUCUAGGUAGCCUACUGGAACCAAACAAAUCAGUUGCAAAGUAGGAAAUGGUCACUCAGUUUAUUUAGGCAGUCGAUCCCAAACUAGUUCUAGCUUCCUGGUAGGUGGCAAUGUCCCCACUGGUCCCCUCUAGUGUUGGUGGGAACAAAUAGGCUCUCUUUUUUUUUCUUCAAAACCAAACUGUUCCAAAAGUGAAGUUUGGGGCAGAACCUGCUGGUACCUUCUUGUGAGGUUCUUAUGAGGUGAAACAAGAACAGUGACUAGAGGGGUGGACAUUCUGCAGACAGGUAGUCCUAAGCAGGUUAGAACCAUCAUGGAAUGAAACAUGCCUGGCACAGAGAGACGUUGCUGUUGACAAGUUCUGGGGACCUUCCAGGCCCAGGUAAAUUGUAUUAUGAGGGAAGUCAAGGCAGAAGCCGUGUGUCCAUCUAAUAAAAGUUCACCAUCGCUAAAAGAGUUUGCAUCUACAAUCAAAUCCUUCUAGAAGCAGUAGGUGUCUGGUCGGUAGGUACUUCUGGGGUUUCUGUCCAUUCUUCCAUGGUCUAGGAGUUAGCUCAGCUGCAAGAUGAGGCAGGAUACUAAUGUGGCUUUGCUGGGAAACAUGAAACACUAACUCAUGAUUGAAACUAAAUUCAGUGAUUCUCAAGGAUAACCUUUUGAGAUCUACAUGUUUCUAUCAUCCAUAUUCAUAUACAUUAUAUCUAUAUAUGAUAUUACAAAGAACCUUUAGAAAGGGUGAAGGAAAGAAGUGUGCUCAUGAGGCCUCAGACUCUGGUGUUGGGAGAAGAUUUGUGAUCUUGUCUUUGGCCUUGGGGCCCUUCUACAAAUAAGCCAAUGACUUUGUAUCCACUGCUCUUUAUCAUUCAAACUAACAGCUUGUGCCUGAAUUAUAAGUGUAUUUUAUUUUCCCUCUACCAAUAUUUCCCUCCCAGCCUUGCUGCAAGCUACAUUCAUCUCAUUAUUAUGAAUGAGUAUAAAUCAAACUGCCCAAUCUUAUUUAAUGUUGUUUCAGGAUAUAGAUCUAUUGUUCAUUAUCACCACAUGCACCAGCAAAAAUAAAGAAAAUGUUAUUCCAAUAUAAGGUUUGACUUAAACCGUACUUUCAAUAAAAUCAAUCUAGUGUUUGGUAAAAACAGUUUUGAAGACAUGGUAUUUUUGUAUAUAGCUAGAGAUGUCACAACAUCAACUGUGAAUAUAUUUAUAGGAGAUAGAAGGGUAGGAUCAAGCUUGGUUAUAGAGUGUUUGCUUAACAUACGUGAAACCCUGGGUCAGAUCUCUAGCACUGCAUCAACCAAGCAUGGUAGCAAACACUGGUAAUUCCAGCACAAGGGAGCUGAAGUCAGGAAGACCAAGGUCAGCUGCAUAGCAAACUGGAGGCUGGUCUGAGACCCUGUCUCAAAACAAGUAAAAUAUUCAGCUGAUACUUGAAUUUCUCCCCCCUCCACCCAAGUCACCUAGUUUUUUUUUUUAAUUUUAUUUUAUAAGCUGAGGAGUUAACUGAUUGGCAAUUCUAAUACAUUGUAUGUAGGGACACUCCAAAUGAUGGUAACAUAUUUUUUGAGACCUUUAGCUUGGGUGAGAACAGACCUUGCUUUCAAGCCUUACUCAAUGUACCACGCCUUUGACUACAUACCAAGUCAAGUGUUUUCUACUUAUCCUUGAGCCAGCUGUAAAUGCAUUUCCUGGUCUUGAUUGGUAUUGACUGAUUCAAAUAAAGUUGGUUUAUUUUCAAAUAUUA